GGCCAGUCCUCCUACAACUGGUUCACGACCAACGUCUUUCCACCAAAGGCCAACUCUCUCUGAUCAGUUGUUUCACUGUAUGCUAGCCAUCAUCUUUGCACUAGGUUGCGAGUUCAGACCGCCCUAUUCCGGGCACAAUUCUUCAAGUAAUCUACAAGAGAACUUCAUCAAGCGAGCGACAAGUCUGUUGAACCUUGAUAUAAUUACCAGACCAUCGUUGAGCCUAGUACAGACCUUGGUUCUUAUGGCCCGGUUCCUUCAGCACAAAGGACUACCCAACCGAUGUUGGGUAAUUGUGGGGAUUGCAAUUCGCGCAGCACAAGGUCUCGGUCUCCAUUUGGAUGUAGAUGAGGAAAGCCAGGUCCAGAGAGAGGAGAGAAGAAGGACAUGGUCUGCCUGUGUCUCACUAGAUCGAGUCCAGAGUAUGACGUUCGGGCGGCCGUUGAUGCUGUCCAACUAUCCCCAGGUAUCUCUGCCUCAGCUCAUCGACGAUGAGUAUUUAGAAACAGAUCCAUUAGGAGAAGAUGGACAUCAACCGGCUGAUAUGCCACCGAUAAUAAGCUUCUUUGUCUAUGCGCUCAAAUUCUCCGAGAUAAAUAUGGAUAUUUUGAAAUCCUUUUACAGUGACUCCUCUGAGCAGAACACAGUGGGAGAUACAUCCAAGCUGUAUGCUACAAUUCUCGACUAUGAUAGGAGAGUCAAGCAGUAUUGGGAAGAAAUACCAAGCUACCUUCGGUAUCACAGGCCAUAUAGACCACCAGACGGUGAUGAAUUGUUCCCUCGACAAUCUUGUUUGCUGUAUAUUCGACUUUUGAAUACUCGGAUCAUGGUAUUUCGUAUUGCGCUGGUACGUUUUGCCACGCAGCCCCUUUCGCAGACUCGUUCCGCCACAACAACCCUGCAGUGGCAUUUAAUGAAGGGAUGUUUGGAUGGCUGUUCGUCCGCUGCCAAAGACCUGAUUGAUCUAGUCCAUUCUAAUCUUGGCCCCAACGCUGCUCGGGGAUUUUUACCUCCGGCGUGGUAUACUACCUUCUUAAUCUACACCGCUGGUACGGUGCUCGUGGUCAUUCUAAGAGCUCCUCCACUUCGAAAUAUCUUACCCGCAGAUCAACUGGAUUCUAUGGAACGGUCCUGGACCCAAUGUAUAUUGGUACUAGAGGAAUUCCAGCGCCUCGGUGUUCCCGCGGCUCAGAAGUGCAUCGAGACACUGAGAAAGGUGCACGAGGACGGAGAAGUAGAUAGGCAGACGCGGUCUGGCCGUGGAUCUCCAGAUGCCGGAGGCUUCGGUGCCAACAUCAACAACACAAAUCAAUCGCACUCCGAAAGUUCCCGUGCAGUUUACCAGCUGCACCAAAAUGUUGGUAGCGAGUCUAGUAUUUCGGCUUCCAACAUACAAGCAAACUCUGGAAUACCUGAGACUUGGUGGAAUAGUAUAAACAUUGAUUGGCUCAAUGGACUUGCUGAGCUUGGCCCUGGUGGCCCCAUAGAUCCCACAAACGAUUACAACGAAUUUGUUGGGUUUCAGUAGCGUACAUAUA